AUGCCAGAGGUAACAAGCCCUUUCGAGUUACCAGAGCUUCGCCGUUCCAUCAAUAAAUACUUGCGUCGCAUAGAUCUUGCCUGUUGCAUUCUUGUGUGUAAGAAAUGGCAUACAUUCUUUUUCCCUUCUCUUUGGCAUGGCUUUGAGGAUUCUGAUUACAACAGGAAGAUGCUCCCUCCUCUUGCACAAAUAAUUAAAUAUGGACAUCUUAUCAAGAAGUUCAGCAGCAGCAAAAAGAGGCAAGCCUAUCUCGUAUUAUUUUCGCCUAAUCUGACCUAUAUGAACCUCAACUCCACAAAAGACCUCGGCCCUCAUACCCUCGCCCUCAAACAACAACUCUCCACUCUCGACCUAUAUGAUGUCAAGUUUGCGGAUGAGUGUUCAUUUUGGAGGACUGCAGAGGUAGGAUUGCCACAACUCAAGUCUUUAUCAGUGUGUAAACUGGACUUUAGUAUUCUAUCAAUCGGCUGCUUUUGGAACAUCUGCCCGCGUUUAGAAAAGCUCAAAAUCUCUUUGACACAUUUACCGCAAGGCCCACCAUCGUCAUUGCUGUUUACCCCGCUUCGGAAGUUGGAAAUAACAGUCGUCAAUGGCAUAUCGCUGCAAGAUAUCGAUAACUGGAUCGCUCGCUGUCCCAAUUUGCAGACUUUGGCUUAUUCGUCCCAUGCGGGCUCGCUUCCUUUGAGGAUGUUGUCAUCUCUUACUGUGACGGAGCUCUGGCCUCGUUUAGAAAGAUUAGAAUUAUCAUACUGCAACAUUUCUGAUAGGGCGUUGGCGGCUGUUCUAAGUGGGAUGCGACAAAUCAAGGAGCUUUGGACUAUGCGCUCAGACUUUGGUCCGCUAUCAUAUGCAGCUUUACGGCCCCACUUCUCACAUCUUGAGAAGCUUUUGCUCCCGUCUCCGGAUACUUAUGAGGAAGCAAAGGAGCACAGAGUGGUAACAUGGGAGAUGACCCAUGAAAUUUUAAUAUCUUGCCCGAAGCUAGUAACGCUACAUGGUGCUUAUGCACCUGUGAAUGACGUCUUGAAAUGUCAAUCGACGCCUUGGGCUUGUAGUGGGACUUUGCAGAGUUUCGGCAUCGAAUUUGAGUUUCCUAUCAAGUGCAAUCCAUCUACGCAUAGAUUUAUCUUUGCGCUGCUAUCGCAGCUAAAGCGUCUGGUCACGCUUUUUUUACAUGUCCCUUCCAACUCCCCAUACCCAUCUCUUGACAUCCGCGUGAUUAGUGGCCUGGAUAAACUUGAGCCACUCAAGUGUAUGAUGCAUAUUUAUCUAACAGAGAGAGUUAAUCAGACUAUGGAGAUGGAAGAUUUGCAGUGGAUGAUAGACCAUUGGCCAAAGUUCAUCGAUGUCAUGGGCCCAAUGAACAGCGAUCAAGCGAAGAAUGGUGCCUUGUUAAACAAGAAAUAUGAGAAUAUGAGGACAUUCAAUGGAAGCUAA